CUUCAGGUCCUAACUUUUUUUCCCUCCAAUAGUGGCGCGGCCGGAAGUACACGCCACGGAGACUUUACUUUCGUUUUCUAGUUCCUCUCUUUGUUGUACGUAUAUAUUUUCUAGAAAGACGUCCGAUUCCACAAUCGUUUUGGAGAGAUAUUCAGGACAAUAUUGUAGUUUCCCCCCCUCGCUUUAACGAAGAGUUUACUUUUUAAACUGCAAAGAGUGAAGUCACGUUCACACAGUCUAGGACAUGGAAUUCCAAACGCUGCUUCUGGAAGCAGGAAAUGACCUCAAGAAAGCUGAAGUCAAAGCUUUGGUCUUCCUUUGUACCGACCUACUGCGGGGUGCAACUUCAGCUUCAGUGGACACGGCCAGCGACCUCUUCAAAAUCUUGGCUGACCUAGACCACCUCUCGUCUGAAAAACCUCACCUGCUCACCGAACUGCUGCUCAUCAUUCACCAAAACAGACUCAUUAGCAAGUUGAAGCUUCCAGCGCCUCUGAAAUGCCUCAUCUCUCCUUUCAGGAAGCUGCUUUACGAACUUUCGGUGGAACUUACCAAUAAGAACUUGGAAGACAUUAAGUUCUUGUUGUAUGGGGACCCGAAAUUUCCACGGGGGAAACUAGACCAAACUUCAAUUCUGGAGGUAUUCCUGGAAAUGGAGCAAAAGGACCGACUCAGCAGGACUAACUUGAAACUUUUGGAAUACAUCAUUAAGAAUGUUUGUCCGGUAUUGCAAGGAAAGAUCACCAAGUUUAAGGAAGAUCGUGUGGAUUUACACAUCUCUGUGCCUGAGGAGAUGCCAGCAGCAGCAUCCAAUUCACAUUGCAUGGAACAAAGCCAAGUCAGUCAUUUCUCGAAUCUCCAGGGUUCUGACUUUUCAGAGACAAGAAAUGCUGGGCAAGCCUUUGUCAACACGAAAGAGUCGAUGAACGGAAAUGACCAGGCUCUGAAACCCUAUCGAAUGACUGCUAAAAAGCGUGGAAUCUGCCUUAUAAUUAACAACAAUGAUUUCAAGAAUUCGCAAAAGGAACUCGACACACGGGAAGGGACCGAAAUUGAUGAAGAUUCUCUGAAGAAAGUAUUCAGAUGGCUCAACUUUGAAGUUAAUGUCCGGAAUGACUGCGACAGGGAACAGAUUCUCUCAUUAAUACAGGAGCUCAAAGAUACCGACCACAGUCAGAUGGAUUGCCUGGUGUGCUUUGUGCUCAGCCACGGGGAGGAAGGCAGCGUGUACGGCGUGGACGGCCUCACCGUAAAAUUCGAGGAGCUUAUGGAACCACUCAACGGGGUGGGAUGCUCCUCGCUGGCAGGAAAACCAAAGCUGUUUUUCAUCCAGGCGUGCCAGGGAAGCAACGUGCAGAAACCCGUUUACUUGCAAAUUGACGGCACUGGAGACAGCAAUUUGACCCACGACUCGGCAAGGAUAAUAUCCAUCGCGUCUGACUCAGACUUCCUGCUAGCUGUGUCUUCCAUCCCAUCCUAUGUUUCUCAUAGACACACCAAGAAAGGCACUUGGUAUAUCCAGUUUUUAUGCCAAAACCUGAUCACAAUGUUGCCCAGGAAGUCUGACCUGUUGGAAAUCCUGACCAAAGUGAACAACGACGUGAGCCGGGAGAGUGGCAGCACAGGCCGCAGCAAGCAGAUACCUCGUUUUGACUCCCGUCUGAGGGAGAAAGUCCUUUUUCCAUUUCCCAAUGAUCCUCCUCCUACACUUUGACCGACUUCCACCUUCAAUGGCUCCCAGGACCAAAGACUUUUUCCGUUUUACACUCUACCUUUCACAAAAUUUUAAAUGCUACAACCAUGAGAUAGUUUUAACACCAUCCUUUCAUACAACAAUGGCGGAAAACACAUAGGUGACUUGAAGUUCCGCUCUGCGACCCCCAAUUUGGCCAACUUUCAAAAUUGUCCGAUAUGCAUGUGUGAUACAUCAUUGGAAAGCUUAAAAUCUCCAUUUUCUGGGGAAAGAAAAAUUUUGAACAGGACGGCAUUUUUUUUUAAAAAAAAAGUUUUUUAAACAGCAAAACCCUAUUUGGAGGCGAGAACACGCGAAAGCAGAAUUACAGACGCCAUGACUUUAACGAGAUAUUAUCGCAUACUUAUCUUGUUUCGAUCCAAAAACUCCAUGUCACAUGUAUCACUGAGUGUAAAGACACAGCUGUGAAUGGCCACAGCUGGAUUUUUGGGGGAUUUUUUGAGUGAAACAUGAUAAUAUAACAGGGGUCGCGAUGCAGAAAUCGCAGACAUCAAGGAGUGGUCGAAAUUUACUUUUUCAUAUAUUUACCCUUUUAAACGUUUUUUUUUUUUUUUUUUCAAAUUAUUUAUCAUCUAACAUAUUGAGGAAAAUGCAACAGUAACAAAAAAAAAAUACAAUUUAGCGAUAGUUAUGAGGUAGAUAUCCGUGACUUUUUUACAUACGCCAUUUUUUUCAUUGUGACAUUUGUUUAAAAAUUUAAAAUAUGCGAGUGAAUAAUUUUUAAAGUUUUUUUUUUUUAAACUAAAUAUUAGACUUCAAUUAAUGAUUCUAAGCUAAAAAUGACAGACAUUUUGAAAAAUAAAUAUAAUUACUUACCUUGUUUUCAUGGCUGGGUUAAAACAAAAGCGGUUGCUCGACGUCUGUAAACGGGGGUUUUUAGGGUAAAACGUGCAAAUUAAAAAUAGUUCGGGGGCUUAAUGCACCAUGAAUCUGCUAUGGCAGCAAAUAGACAUAUAGUUCUAUCAAACACAACAGUUGUUUUGGCGUAAAAUACAGCAGUUUCUUUUAAAGAGGAGUGCAAGAGCAGAAACUGCUUUUUCAGUCUUGUUUGGGUUUUCCGCCAUAUGUAAAAAUAUUUUAAAAUGUGAUCAAUCGCUUUUUUUUUUUUUUUUAAUUGUUGAACUGGUCUUAGUUAAAAUCACGCAUAUGAAUGGUAUUUCCCAGAUCAGAAUUUUAAAAUUUCAAAAGUAAUUGUAAUCCUGGCGUUGAAUUUUCAGACAUUGUGUUUACAACUUGAAUAGGAAAAUUGCUUUUAAAAUGUGGACUGAAAAUAAAGACAAUAGUGUGUACACAGAAACAUGAUGGAAUAUACACUACAUACUUUAUAUGCUACCUGAAUAGAAGUAGCGUUACAAAAUAGCCAUGACUUGGACACCUUCUGUUAUGACAGAUCAACUAGAGAUGAUGGUGAGUAGAGUACAAAUAAUACAAUGUGAAAAUUACGGAUAAAAUAAUGAUAUGGUCAAAAUUUGCAACUUGCCUAAUAAUUGACUCGAAUGGACUCCAACACAAGGGCAUGUGAUAAUGGGUCUAAUAAUGUCAUUAAGAAGGCUGAGCAAUUCAGAAUACCAAUUUUAAUAUACAAAAUACAUGAUAAGGUGUAGAUUCCUUUGUGCUGGCACAUACUUGAGAAUGUGUUGAUUUUGACGAUGGAUGGAUGAAUUGAAAUUUGGAUGCAUACGUGGAGAUUAAGGGAGGUGACCCCGGUGGCCAAAAAUGUCAUUGCAUGUAACUGAUUUUCCUAUAUCUAAAUUUAAAAUUUAGACUUUGCCGGUAAAAUGUUGUCUAUAAAAGUUGUAAAGCAAUAAAACAACAAAAAUUAAUGAAAUGAACAAAAAAAAUAUUUUUUAUAAUGGGUCAAAAUAAUUUUUCAAACAGAUUAUGGGACUAGCGCCUUAGAAACGGUCAUUUGCUUUGCUUAGUCAAAACCACCUGAUGACAGAAGAGGCAAGAUGGAUAUACUUAUUUUUUUCAAACCUAAGCUUUCAAAGGUGACAAAAACUACUGAAUGAGAACCAAGGAUUGAAGAUGUGGACUCUGAAACACCGGAAAGCGCCAAAACUGAGCGGAGUUUCAGUUUGACCCACUGUAGACGUUAAUUUUACAAUAGACCCACCACCAGGCGUACCAUAUUCUAUGUAUGGGGAUCUUGGCCAAAAGCAUAGCUGUCCUAAGCAGCCUGAUUUAGAAUUCCCCACAAAAAUGAUGGGAAACAAUAAAAAUGCUUAUUUUCAAUGUAUUAUUAUAAAUAUUCCUGGCUGGAAUAUUCAGCCAAAAAGGAUGUGGCGUCUACUUCUCCACUAGGUAAGACAGAAAAACGUGUGCGCUCGCUCACACACAGCUGGGAGGCCUAUAUGUAUGAGCAUGGGCUAAGCCGCUGUCUGAGCAUCUAUCUUGUAAGUUAAUUUUAUUACUGACGCAUUGUGCGGUCAUCAACCCCGCCCCCCCGAAAGUCAAAUGUUUUACGUUUGGAUAUAUCUUCAGUAGUGUGCCCCUGGGCUUUCAGCCAUAACACUCGACUCCCUCUCCAGAGGUGGCCAGCCGCAGGGUGAUUGGCCCAGGCCUGCAUCAAUUGUGAAAUACAGUGAGUAAUCCCUCGUUUUACGCGGUUAAUGGGGACUAGAACCCGCUGCGAUAAGUGAAAAACUGCAAAAAAUCCUGCGUUUCUCACAGUCGGCGAAGGUGGGCUGUAAGAAAAUAUGUCAGGCGAAUCAAAGUUACCCGAGACUAUCGGCAGAGCUAUUCUGACUGCAAUACAAAGGUUUCUCAGUGAGAAACGCCGGAUUUUUGCAGUUGAAGUUAGAAAACGAAACUUUGCUCUCCAGUCCAGUCCAUCAGAGAUCUCUCGUGGCUAUUCUUAGUAACUUUACAGGGCUCGUGCAUAAAAGUGACACUAAAAGCACAAAAUACUCCUUAAAUGGUUUUGGCUAAAUGUGUAUUUUACCUAGAUAUUGUUAUUAUCACAAUAAAUAAUG